UCUUUGUUGAUAUGUGUUGUGAAGACGUCUUAACACACGGCAAAAUGAAACUCAAGCGGUUUCUUCUCCGAUAUUAUCCUCCAGGUAUAAUCCUCGAAUAUGAGAGAGGAGGAUAUCUGAGGACCAAAUCAAUCGACCUUUUGGGUUUGACCCCAGAAACAAACCCAGAUGAGCUGGUGGCAGAGAUCAGGCAUUCAGAGCCUCUGGUCACAGAGUCCCGGGCUGAUCAGGUCAAACAGCUGAUCCUUCGACUUCAGCAGAAACAGAGCCAGCAGGACCACCACAGGUUCUGUUUCUAUAAGGAUCUCAAGGCACACAUACUGCCACUGACAAAUGUUGCCUUUGACAAAUCAGGGUCAAGGUUUCUAACUGGGAGCUAUGACAGGACAUGUAGAGUUUGGGACACGGCCUCAGGCACAGAGCUGCAUACACUAGAGGGUCACAGAAACGUGGUGUAUGCAAUUGCAUUCAACAACCCCUACGGAGACAAGAUCGCCACCGGCUCUUUCGAUAAGACCUGCAAACUGUGGUGUGCUGAGACGGGCAAAUGUUUUCAUACCUUUCGCGGACACAUGGCAGAGAUAGUGUGCCUGGCGUUCAACCCUCAGAGUACACUGGUGGCCACAGGCAGCAUGGACGCCACUGCCAAGCUGUGGGAUGUGGAGACUGGGGAGGAAGUGGCCACUCUGAAUGAUCACACUGCAGAGGUCCUUUCUCUGUGCUUUAACACAGUGGGAAAUCAACUUGUCACUGGCUCCUUCGACCACACAGUUGUUAUAUGGGAUGUUGCUUCAGCAAGACGUGUCCACACUCUGAUCGGUCACACGGGGGAAAUCUGCAGUGUUCAGUUUAACUGGGACUGUUCCCUUAUAGUUACAGGCUCCAUGGACAAAACCUGCAAGUUGUGGGAGGCAGUCAGUGGCAAGUGUGUAGCCACCCUAGUUGGACACAAAGAAGAGGUGCUGGAUGUGUGUUUUGAUUUAAGUGGUCAGCUCAUUGCUACUGCCUCCGCUGAUGGUAGAGCGCGAGUGUUCAGUGCAACCACACAUCAGUGUCUCCUGACCCUAGAGGGCCAUGAUGGAGAAAUCUCCAAGAUCUGUUUCAACCCCCAGGGCAGCAGGGUUCUGACUGCCAGCUCAGACAAGACAGCUCGUCUGUGGGAUGCUCAGUCUGGAGUCUGCCUACAAGUCCUAGAGGGGCACACAGACGAGAUCUUCUCCUGUGUCUUCAACUACGAGGGUGACACCAUCAUUACAGGCAGCAAGGAUAACACAUGCCGGAUCUGGUACUGACCCCUCCCCUUAACCCAUCACGUGCUCAGGCGGGCAUUAUACAUGGACACAAAAAUCAAUGUGUGUUUACCAUGUACUGUAUGACCCACUGUGUAACAUCUUUAGUCACUUUGAGGUACAGUAAAAGUCUGGUUUACAGCAGAUAUGUGAAGUUCUAGUGGUUUUGCAAAUCUGUACUGUACUAACUUGGUCCUGGGCUUGACCAGUAGACCUGGCUUUUCAUUUCACAUGGCAUUAACAGUAUGGUAAAUGUCAUCUCAAGUAGUUUGAAUUCUUCGAGAACAUUUUUGGAACGGCUUUUGGAAAUAUUAGAGAAUUUUAGCAAUUAUGAGCUGGACUCACACGAGCAUUACUGUAAAAGUUUGCCUAUGUUUCAUCUUCAUGAGCCCACCAUCAGCUAACAAAAGUAAUAAUAUUUUUAUAUUUUUGUUCCCACUGCCUUGUAUGUUUCUGUGAUGUGUACAAAGCAGUAUUUUCUGAAAGCACAAUACAAUGAUGAAUGUUUAUUUAACAGCUUCCUAGCUCCCAAAAAGAUCAUAUGGCUGUUGUUUUAUAGUCUCACUGCAUCUGUGACAUGCUUUUGGGAAAACCAGGCAAUAUAGUGUAAUACUAAUGUGGAUAAAUGUGCUACUAACCAGUGUUCAUUGCAUUUCUGUUGAAUGUUAAAGAAAGAGUCAGACUGCUUGUAUUUCACAUCACAGAAAUUUAUUGAUGUCAAAAGAUAAAUACAUUCAGUUCUACUGUGA